AUGGCCAAGCGCACAGCAGAAGACGCCUCCAGGUCGACAUCAGCUGCUUCGCAGACGGAAGAGGGUCAGGAACGGCAGGUAAAGAAGCGCAGGACAGAUGGUAGCGUGGCCAGCCCAGCAAAGAAGGCAACAGCAGCUCCUCGCCAAACGAAGAAGACCAAGGGUGCUACUCCUGAUGUCGGCCCUAAGCGAGAACCACAACCAAAGCGGUUGGAUAAAGCUCUCACAAACAAGAUCAAACAAGUAAAGGCCUUCCGCACCGAACAUGACUCCGACAACAAUCUCCUCACAAGGUCCGAGCACAACUCCAGCCGUAUCGUCAUAGCCGAGUCAGCGCUGGCAGGCGCCUUAGUGGCAAUGGCCUCAGACUGGGGUGUGGAAGAGACCUACCUCGCUGCGUUUCUGGACACUGAAGGUGCCGUAAUUAAGCGAUUCAACAAAAGACACGAGUACGAAGAGGUUAUUACGAAACUGCCAAUGCUGGUCCUGGAUCUAAGCAAGACCACCAUCCUUAUCCAGGCUAUAAACCUCAAAAUCGAAGGCCAUGGUCUCGAGAAUGUGAAUCUGCUACAACUGCAGCUCGAGAUCUAUAUGGAGCAGUUAUCUGAGUUCGGUGGAAAACAGCUAUACCAUGCUACCGAGGAGGCUGAAGUAUGGACCACCGACGACGAUCAGCUUAUCGUUGAUCACAAGGCCCACGAAGAAGCGGCGACUACAAUGGAGACGCGUGCGGACUCUCCGACUGAUAUGCAACCGCUUCAGGAAGUGCGUGAUACCAAGGCUGGGGAGCAGGAGAUCGCCCGGAAGGAUUCGUGA